AAGUCGAAGGUGCGCCCGCCGCGGCUGGACGGCGCAAAGACCGGCCUCUACUCGACCCGCACGCCUCACCGCCCCAACCGCGUCGGCUUGUCGCUCGUGCGGCUGCUCGCUGGGGACACGCUGCACCUGUCGGGCGUCGACUUGUGCGACGGCACGGCGGUGGUCGACGUCAAGCCGUACGUCCCGUUCGCCGAC